AUGGCAGGUGAAAAUCUAGAUGGAAUGGUCUCCAUGGAAAUGAUUGGUAAAAUAGUCACAACACUUUACGAGCUGAAAGAAGCAAUUUUUCCAAAGGUAGGUUAUCAUUUCCAUUAUCACAAGUGGUUGUAUAAAAAAGCCACUCUGGCGACAAAGAAUGAUGCAGUCAAUACCACAAACAGAGAUCUUCUCUCUCAGUUGCCUGGCCAAGUGCAAAAGUACAAGUCAGUAGACACUGUUUCAGACACCAAUGAGGCUGUCAAUUACCCAACAGGAUUCCAUAAUUCUCUGGAACCACCAGGUGUGACACCAAACAAUCUGGAGAUCAAGAAUGGUGCACCUAUCAUGUUUCUCAGGAAUCUGGAACCACCAACACUCUGCAAUGAAACACGUUUGGCUGCCAAGAAGCUGAUGCCACAUGUCAUGAAAGCUAAAAUUAUGACUGGUCAUGCUACAGGACAGUAUUUCUUCAUUUCACGCAUUUCAAUCAUCCCACCUGACCUUCAAUUUCAAUUCAAGCACUUCCAGUUCCCUGUUCGACUCAGCUUUACCAUGAGUAUAAAAAAACACAGGGGCAAUCACUUAAGGUUGUUGGUCUCAACCUGCAAAGCCCAUGUUUUUCUCACGACGAGCUUUAUGUUGGUUACUCCAGGGUUUGUGAUGGCAAGAACGUUUUCACCUUGGCACCAGAUGGGAAAACAACCAACACUGUCUAUCCUGAGGCACUACAAGGACAAAAACGUGGCAAAACACUGUUAUAAGAAGUGGUAA